GGAAAACCUACGUUAGUGUUCCAAGACUUUUGGCAGUGAUUGUAGAAGAGCACGGCAGUCUUCUACAAGGUUGGUCUGAUCAGGAGCGUCAUAAUAGCUUUUCACUCAUUGAACCCACUGAUCUAUAAACAAGACUUUUUUAUAGACCAGUGAUUGAACCUCCUUGUUUCUGAAACAAUCAAGGUAUCAUCCUACCUAUGGAAAUUCAAUAUUGAGUUCAAUCAUAGCAUAGUCAAUAGAAUAGUGACUAUUGACUGUGGUUCAAUGCAUCAUAGUAUGGUUCAAUGAGUACGUCUGACAGUGCACGCGGUUUUCAAAAGCCAAGGUUUACCUAUUUCUCAAUUUCAACUCUGGUUUCACUGUAGCUCAGCGGCAUCACCUUAAAAAUGACAAUAUCUUCUCCUCACCUUAUUUUGCAUAUUUGAUAAGAAUCGCGCGACACAAGAAAGUGUUAUAAAACAUACAUUGAGGCGUAAUUGGUGCUCCCAUAGAGAACCAGAUGACUCUCCUGUCGGAUUCUUGCAUUGAAAUUCAGAAGCCGUUCCGGGGCUCCUCGUUAGCUAAUUGUAAAGCAUCAUAAAUGUUUUGCCGCAGCUAGGCGACCUUUUACGCGAAAGGAAUCGAUGAACAAGCUAUGCUAUCAUAAAAGUUGUCCUAAAGGUUUGAUUAACUUCUUGGCAGAGAGGCAGAGGAGACGAACAGUUGUUGAUUUUAGAUCGUACAUGAAACAACUAAAUGCCAAUUUCAUAUGAUCCAGUCUAACUAAAAUCACAGGAAGCAGAAUUAUUGAGAUUACAAGCACACUGACAACGAUUUAUAGCAGAGCAAAUGAUCACCCGAACAUCCGAACACGAACUUCCUAUCAGAAAGAAGAAAGAAAUCUGAUGCGGUAAAUGAAUGGAAAGUUCAUAGAAGAUAUAAAUUUCUUGUUCCAUCCAUAAUCAACACAUAGAUUAUCUGGAUCCAGAAGCUGUUGAAAGACGCCUUGGAAGAAGAAUGACUUGGAAAAACCGGAAAUAGACGAGGGAUCUUAUUCUAUAAAAUCAUUUAAUAAUUACAAGUGAACAUAAGCGAUAUUUCAAAUACGAAUAUUUCUGAAAUGGAUUUUCCUGAUUGGUUCAAUUUCACUCUAGAGGAACUCGAGAGUGGCAAUUUCUCAUGGAACGAAAGCUGGGUGUUUGACAAUGCAUCCUGUUGUACUAACGAAACCAGCUGGUGGCUCUGGGAAAAGAUAAAUAAUAAACCGAUGAUUGCCGGGUGCUGGAUUUACAUAGUGUUCAGCUCCCUGGCUCUCAUCGCCAAUACAGUUGUGCUGGUGCUCCUCCGGAGAAGAGGAAAGCACCGCACGCUUUUUGAUCUCACUGUCGCAAGCCUCGUUCUGGCUGAUUUGAUUAUAAGCGUGACAUUUUUGGCGGGUACUAUUGUAUAUCUAGUGUACCUGAACACGGAUUCACCAAUUUCUUCAACGAUUGAGAAGAUGCUAAUGGCACUGGAAGUAACAAAUUCGUACUGUUUCAUCGUUUCACUACUUCAUGUUAUUCUCAUCACUGUUGAGCGUUUAGGUGCCUUGUUCAGUCCGUUCAGGUACCGCCAAGUGGUAACAAAACAUAGGAUAAAGAUCGUUAUCGUCUCAAUCUGGCUGCUCUCCUCCAUCUCAAUCGCGUUAAGUCUCCACGUGUUCAAACACUUGAUCGAACAAAAGAUACUUGGAAUAAUUGUCUUCGUGUCCGGAGGAUUGCUUAUAGUAAUGUAUCUCAUAAUAGCCGUGAAACUAGUGUCAUUAAAGAAGUUGAAUAAAAAGUGGAAAAUGGAGAAGCGAGUACUGGGAAAUUCUUUGGCAGUUACACUAACAUUUCUGAUAUGCUUAUUUCCUUUUGCAGUAGCCAUGAUAAAGACGGACAUUAACUGGGCUAUCAGUUAUGGCUAUUUGUGUACCUCAUUCGUAUCGGUCAAGUUAUUCUUAGACCCCGUGCUGUACUUUUUUGUCAGUUUUUGGAAGGGACGCAAGGCUGAAAAGAAGCGAUUUAGGGCGCUAACAUUAGCAACAUUUUAUAAUAUGACAUUGGCUUCAUCAAACAAUAACCUUUACAACGAUCUUGAUGCCUCCACUGUGAAAAACAUACCAAGUCCGCAACGUAACAAUCGCGUCGAAUUCGCCACGCUUAGCAAGAAUGAAGACUUUCAGAAAUGGAUUACCAGAAUGAAGACAUUGAGGGUUUGAUUACCAAUGGUUUACGGGGAAAUCCGAAAGUAAAAUAUCAAGACAAAUAGGGGUGACCAGGAGACUGAGAACCUUUUUAUCAAUAGUAGUCAUAAUAAGAUGUUUCAACUAGAUAUAUUUUAAGAGGGCUCUUUUUAGCUUUCAAAUGAGGCAACGAGAAUCUUCUAAAAUUUAAAUAACUCGAUAAAUAUAAAUGAUGGCUCAAUACAGCAGACACCUCUAUACAACGGACACCUCUAUACAACGGACACCUCUAUACAACGGACACCUCUAAAUUACAGACACCUUUAUACAACGGACACCUCUAUACAACGGACACCUCUAUACAACGGACACCUCUAUACAACGGACACUACUGUACAAAGGACACAUCUAUACAGCAGACACCUCUACACAACGGACUUCUCUACACAACGGACACCUCUUUACAACGGACACCUCUUUACAACGGACACCUCUUUACAACGGACACCUCUUUACAACGGACACCUCCAUACAACGGACACCUCCAUACAACGGAGAGUUACACUGGUCAAAACAAUGUUCUUUUUAUGAAAGUUCCACUGCUCUACAAUAAGAGGGAACUGGUAGCCCCCUAAAUAAUUUCGAGACUAUAAUAUCUAAUCUCCAUGACAAAGUAUUGAAUCUACAGGUGCCUCACUUCUCUCCCCCCCCCCUAGU